CAAUGUCGUUGUCCCGCGUGUGAUUGCGAAAGUGUCGAGAGCGGCAUGGGAUCGUGCUGCUACUGCGAUCCUCCUCGUGCUGGGAAUCGGCAUCUCUUGAUGGUGGAGAAGGCGAGGAGGCAGAGCCAUGGUGUUGUGGAUAUUUGGCUACGGAUCUCUCAUCUGGAAGGCCGGAUUCAACUAUGACGAGCGAGUCGUGGGAUUCAUCAAGGGGUACAGGCGCGUGUUCCAUCAAGGGAGCACGGAUCAUCGGGGGACGCCGGAGAAUCCUGGAAGGACGGCCACUCUGGAAGCGCACGAUGGAGGGAUUUGUUGGGGUGCUGCUUAUCGUGUUUCCGGUCACGACAACGAGCAGCUAGUGCUCUCCUACUUGGAUUUGCGUGAGAAGCAGUACGACCGGAAGGUUUUUGUUGAUCUUUACACGGAAUCCUCUUCUGAGCCCGCGAUCACUGAUGUUCUUGUAUACAUCGCAUCUCCGGACAAGAAAAAGAAUCCGAAUUAUUUGGGCCCCGCUGACAUGAAGGACAUGGCAUUGCAAAUAGCGACUUGCGUCGGUCCGUCUGGUCCUAACUACGAGUACAUUUUCAGGUUGGAAGAAGCUCUGCUGGAAAUAGGUGCUCUGGAUGACGAACUCGCCAAACUUUCUUGCGAAGUGCGCAAGACUCUACAGUCUGAGGACACAACGUACCCGUUGUAAGCCCGUAUGGGCGCAUUCUUAUUCAUCUGUUUUGAGAUGGAUUAACCACCAGACAUCAACGAAGUUGACUUGUUCUGUAGUCUUUUCUUUCU